AUCCGCUAGAUGCGCUGCAUAUUUUUAUUGACAUUUCCGCCAUAGUUUUGACAGCGCCCCUAAAAUUCGCAUUCCUGUGAAAAAAACGCUCAACAGACUUUUUAUCCACAUAAAUUCCACUCAAAAAUGGCAAACUACACUGAAGACCAGUUGGCAGAAUUCCUGGAAGCUUUCAAUCUGUUCGAUAAUCGUGGAGAUGGGAAGAUUCAGCUGAAUCAGGUAGGUGAGUGCCUGAGGGCAUUGGGGCAGAAUCCCACGGAGUCCGAUGUGAAGAAGUGCACGCAUCAGCUGAAGCCAGACGAGAGGAUCUCCUUUGAGGUCUUCCUGCCGAUUUAUCAAGCAAUCUCCAAGGCGCGCUCCGCUGAUACAGCUGAUGACUUCAUCGAGGGUCUCCGGCACUUUGAUAAAGAUGCAUCAGGCUUCAUUUCAACAGCUGAACUGCGUCACCUUCUCACGACUCUCGGUGAGAAGCUCACUGAUGAUGAGGUGGAGCAGUUGCUGAGCAACCAAGAGGACUCCCAGGGCAAUGUGAACUACGAGGAGUUUGUCCGGAUGGUUAUGAGUGGUUAAAAUGAUGCGAAAUUUAGCAUUUUUCUAUGCAUUUGGGUGAAUAAUUUUGAUAACCUAUCCCCCCACUUUUUUUUUUUUGAAAGAUAACGUAUAAAUUAAUGAUUAAAUCAACACACAAUCCUGUAAAUCCUUUCACAUCCUACAAUCCAAAUUGUAAAGGACAAGUAUUAAUACAAUUAGAGAGAGAGAAAAAAAAUGAAAUUGUGACAUUAAAUUUUUAUCCUUGUGGAGUUUUUAUUUAAAUAAAAAUGGAAGAUCAUU